GGGUGGGCGCCGGGCCGCCUCUCCCCGCUAGCGGCGGUGACUCGGCGACCUUGGCCCCUGAGCCCCAGCGGGGACCCAGUGACCGAGCAGGAGCGCGGACCUAGCCCGGCGCGCGGGGCGGAGCGCACUGACAGUCCGCGGGGGGCCGCGACCAUGUUGGCCUUCGCGGCCCGGACCGCGGCAAAGCCGCUGGGUCUUCUCAAGCCCUCCUCCUUGAUGAAGCUGCCCGGCAGGCUCAAGGCGCACCAGGAUGCGCUGCCGCGGCUGCCCGUGCCCCCGCUGCAGCAGUCCCUGGACCAUUACCUCAAGGCGCUGCAGCCCAUCGUAAGCGAGGAGGAGUGGGCCAACACCAAGCAGCUGGUGGACGAGUUCCGGAGCCCCGGGGGUGUAGGGGAGCGGCUGCAGAAGGGGCUGGAGCGCAGGGCCAGGAAGACAGAGAACUGGCUAUCCGAAUGGUGGCUCAAGACAGCCUACCUCCAGUACCGCCAGCCUGUGGUCAUCUGUUCCAGCCCAGGCGUGAUUCUGCCCAAGCAGGACUUUGUGGAUCUGCAGGGCCAGCUCCGGUUUGCUGCCAAACUCAUCGAGGGCGUUUUGGAUUUCAAGACCAUGAUUGACAACGAAACCCUGCCUGUGGAGCACCUUGGGGGGAAGCCACUGUGCAUGAACCAGUACUACCAGAUCCUGUCGUCUUGCCGCGUGCCGGGCCCCAAGCAGGACUCUGUGGUCAACUUCCUAAAGACCAAGAAGCCGCCCAUGCACAUCACGGUGGUGCACAACUACCAGUUCUUCGAGCUGGACGUGUACCACAGUGACGGGACACCCCUCACCUCGGACCAGAUCUUCGUGCAGCUGGAGAAGAUCUGGAACUCGUCCCUGCAAACCAACAAGGAGCCAGUGGGCAUCCUGACCUCCAACCACCGCAACAGCUGGGCCAAGGCCUACAACACCCUAAUCAAAGACAAGGUGAACCGGGACUCGGUGCAGUCCAUCCAGAAGAGCAUCUUCACCGUGUGCCUGGACAAGCCGGUGCCCAGGGUCUCGGAAGACGUCUACCGCAACCAUGUGGCCGGCCAGAUGCUGCAUGGAGGUGGGGGCCCACUCAACAGCGGCAACCGCUGGUUCGACAAGACGCUGCAGUUCAUCGUGGCAGAGGAUGGCUCCUGUGGACUCAUCUAUGAGCAUGCCGCGGCCGAGGGGCCCCCCAUCGUCGCCCUGGUGGACCAUGUCAUGGAGUACACGAAGAAGCCGGAGCUGGUGCGCUCGCCCAUGGUGCCCCUGCCCAUGCCCAAGAAGCUUCGGUUCAACAUCACCCCCGAGAUCAAGAGUGACAUCGAGAAGGCCAAGCAGAACCUCAGCAUCAUGAUCCAGGAUCUGGACAUCAUGGUGUUGGUGUUUCACCACUUCGGGAAGGACUUCCCCAAGUCCGAGAAGCUGAGCCCUGACGGCUUCUUCCAGAUGGCCCUGCAGCUGGCCUACUACAGGAUCUACGGGCAGGCCUGCGCCACCUACGAGAGCGCCUCCCUGCGCAUGUUCCACCUGGGCCGCACCGACACCAUCCGCUCGGCCUCCGCAGACUCGCUGGCCUUCGCCAAGGCCAUGGAUGACUCCAGUGUGCCGGAGCACCAGAAGGUGGAGCUGCUGCGGAAGGCCGUGCAAGCACACCGCGCCUACACCGACCGGGCCAUCCACGGGGAGGCCUUCGACCGCCACCUGCUGGGCCUCAAGCUGCAAGCCAUCGAGGACCUGGUGAGCAUGCCUGACAUCUUCAUGGACACCUCCUACGCCAUUGCCAUGCACUUCAACCUCUCCACCAGCCAGGUCCCUGCCAAGACAGACUGUGUCAUGUUCUUCGGGCCUGUGGUGCCCGACGGCUAUGGUGUCUGCUACAAUCCCAUGGAGACCCACGUCAACUUCUCCGUGUCGGCCUACAACAGCUGCGCAGAGACCAACGCCGCCCGCAUGGCGCAUUACCUGGAGAAGGCGCUGCUGGACCUGCGCGAACUGCUGCAGCGCCACCCCCGGGCCAAGCUCUGAGCUCCCGAGCCCCGGUUCCCCGCCAGUCAAGUCCCUGGGGGUGGGUGCCCGCCAGGCUCAGCCCACAGCUCCCACAGCCCCGGCCCAGGUCUGACGGAGCCAGGGCCGGCAUCCUCUCGUGGGCCCUGCAGCCCUACGCCAAGCGCCUCCCAUGACUGUCCCAGGACCCGCCACAGCCAAGUGCUGGGCUCAGCGGAGGCGGAGCAGAACUGAGGACGGGGCCCCUGGCCCGGCCCCGCUGUGCCGUCCCUGGGCAGGAGCAAGUCCACCCAGCUCUUACCCAAGCAGGGGCCUGGAAAGGGCUCUGGGCCUCCCCAGGCAGGGAGAGCGCAAGGGGCUGUCCCUGUGGAUGACGGGGCUCCGGAGCCCGGCCUCGCCGGCCCUGAGGAGCGCCGGUGUUACGUGAGGCGGACGUGUGGCGGAGUAAUAAAGGGAAACGCGCUGGAGCA